AUGCCUGUGCCGCCGCCGCCGCCUCCUCCUCCACCACCUCCACCACCUUCUGGAGGGCCCCCUCCACCACCACCACCUCUGGUGAGUUCAGAACUACCCAAAUUGCAGAAGGAUGAGCAGAAAGCACGAAACGCGCUGCUGGCUGAUAUCCAGCAGGGAACUCGCUUAAGAAAAGUGACUCAAAUCAAUGACCGAAGUGCACCACAGAUUGAAAAACCCAAAGGAAGUAGCAGAGAUGGAGUUAGCCCAGCCGUUAAUAAGAGUGGCUCUCAGCAGCCCCUGGGAGGCUUAUUUGCUGGCGGCUUUCCCGUUCUCAGACCAGCAGGCCAGAGAGAUGUGCCAGGAGGGAGGCCUGGGCAGCUUCCUGGAGUCCGGGCAGCGGCUCCCAAGGCCACAGUCCCACCGAACAGCAUUGCAAAGGCAGGAAGUAGCCCCUCAAACCCAUCCGACAGCCCCUGGCCAGCUGUCCCACCGGAGCCUCCCAGCACUUCCCGGGCUGGCACUGCACGGCCCAGCCUGCCUGCACCUCCACCGCCACCUCCAGCUGCCAGCAAACCUUCCCUCACCUUCCCUCCUCCUCCGCCUCUUCCCCCUCCAGCAGAAAGGCCUACCAAGGGGGGAUCCCCCAACUCUGUUCCUCUGCCCCCGCUCCCUCCCCAGGCUGACAAGCCCACAAAAUUACCAGGAGGUGCUUCGCACCUGCCUCCUCCUCCUCCUCCCUUACCCCCCUGUGGAUUCCCAGCCAAGACAACCGAUUUCUCCGCUGCUGCUUCCUCUCCAUCAGAAGCAAGGGAUUAUCCACCUCCCACACCACCGCCGCCAGCUCCUCCUCCACUCCCCGCAUUUCCCCCAGCCUCAAACAGGCUCUCCUUCCCACCCUCCCCAGCCAUCAGUAGUGCUGUGAGUGUUGGUGGUGACGUGCCCCCACCACUGCCCCCCAAGUCUCCUCACUUGCUGUCCCAUCUGCAUAAACCCAGUAAUAUUCAGUCGCUCCCUCUCCCUCCCACCCCACCCCUUCCUCAGCCAGCAGCAGUGUUGGAGACCAGGAAGAAGAGACCAGGCCGAGGCCCAGGAGCUGGUGCUGGGAAGCUUGCCAUUCCUCCACAGCCACCAGCCAGGUCACCAACAACUGAACUCACAAGCAAGUCUGGAGCCUCAGCCUGGGCAACAGUUCAUGACCCCUAUCCACCACUCAAAAAUGGAAAUAUGCAUAUUAUUGAUGACUUUGAAUCUAAAUUUACUUUCCAUUCUGUGGAGGAUUUCCCCCCACCUGAUGAAUUCAAGCCAUUUCAGAAAAUAUAUCCCAGCAAGAUAGCUAGAGAUCCUUCUAAAAAUCCACCAUUAAGAACACACGUGAGAUGAGAAGAAUCGUCUGAUACUUUCUGGACUGGUAUUAAAAUGGAGAACAUCAAGAUAAUAUAUGAAACUGAAGGGUCCCCAUUACAGCGAUAGAAAUUACAUUUGGAUCACAAGUGCUGCAACGUUAACAUUUUUAUAAGCUGGAAGAGAGAUGUAAAUGAUACUUUUGGAAGUAUUUUGUGGCAUACACACCACAAAAGUGUUAGCAUAGGCUUUUAACUAUUGUAUAUAUGUGGAUAUUUUUUAAAUGAAGAAGCAUAAAAUUUAAAAUCUUUGUAGUGUUCAAACAAUUCUUAUCAAGCUGAUGUGUUACCUCAAAGAAUACUUUUUGCAUGAUGUGCCUGUAGUUCAUUUUUCCUCUUCCAUCUUCAUUUUUAAAUAUUUUAGUAAUCCUUCAGUUAUUAUUCAGACAUUUUUUCCAUGAGCUAUCAGAAACUAACAUGACAUGUUUAGUCCUUUUGUAUGCUUUUUCACUACUUAUAUUCUGCUUGUGUUCAGAUUGCAACAGAAUGGCACUUUCAAGAACAGAAAGGCCCAUAAUAAUCCUCAUGAAGCAUGAAGAGAAAGGAGAUAUUGAAUUGUGGCAGCUGUUGAGCUGCCUCCUAUUGAGGAUAGCAAACAUGUCUGAAGAAACCCAGCUGGGUAGGGUGGCCACAGACCUGACAAAGAUGACAGAACUUUUCAAAAAUGGUCAAAGAAAGAGGAAGCACACCAUACAGAAGAUAGUGAUUCCUGUCAAAUGAAUUGGUUGAAAUAAGCAAGGCAACCAGGGAUGAGACUUGAGCUCCUGCUUUUAAGAUGCAGCCUGUAGUGAGAUGUUUGUUUGGCUCACUGACAUUCAGAUCACACAAUGUCUGCUUCCAGCAGGAAUUACACAAAUGCAGCAUUUCACUGCAUUAGGAAGAGCUGCCACCAGCUUGUGGAAAGUGAUCCCUUCUCUCUACUCAGCACCAUUGAAGGCAUAUCUGGAGUGUUGUGCCCAGUGCUGGGCUCCUAUGAACAGAAGAGACAUGAACAUACUGGAGAAAGUCCAGCAUAGAGCCACCGAGAUGAUGAAGGGACUGGAGCAUCUCUUCUGGCAGGAGAAGUCAUCUAUCUAUUCUGUCUCUUCUACCAGAAGUCAAUCUCUUAUCAGGAGUAGUCAACAUGGAUUCACCAAGGGGAAAUCAAGCUUGACAAACCUGGUAGCCUUCUAUGAUGUCAUGACUGGGUAUUGUCUCCAUUGACUUCAGCAAGGCUUUUGACUCUGCCUCAUAUAGUGUUCCCAUAGUUAAGCUUAGGAAGUGUGGGAUAGAAGAUUGGACAGUGAAGUAAACUGAGAACCAGCAGACUGGCAGAGCUCAGAGUUGUUAUCAGCAGCACAGAGUCUAGUUGGAGGCUUGUAACUGGUGGUGUUACCCAGGUUUUGUUCAGCAUCUUCAUUAAUGAGCUGGAUGAAGGGAUAGAGUGCACCGUCAGAAAGCUUACUAAUGAUAUGACAUUGGGAGGAAUGACUGACACACAAGAAGGCUGUGCUGCCAUUCAGUGAUACCUGAAGAGGCUGGAAUUGGGCAGAGGGAAACCUGAUGAGGUUCAACAAGGGAAAGUGUAGAGUCCUACACCUGGGGAGAAAUAACCACAUGCAUCAGUACAGGUUAGAGGCUAAGCUGCUGGAAGGGCUUACCUUUUCUGGUAGACAACAGGUUGGCCAUGUGCCAUAGCAUGCCCUUGUGGCCCAGGUGGUCAGUGGUAUCCUGGGAUACAUUAAAAAGAGUAUGGCCAACAGGCUGAGGGAGGUUCUUCUCCCCCUCUACUCUGCCCAGGUGAAGCCACAUCUGGAGUACUGUGUCCAGUUCCAGGCUCAGUUCAAGAAAGACAGGGAACUUCUGGGAGAGAGUCCAGUGGAGGACUGCAAAGAUGAUGAGAGGCUUAGUAUAUCUCCCUUGUUAGAAAAGCCUGAGAGAGCUGGGACUAUUCACAGCCUGAAGGAAGACUGAGAGGGGAUCUAAUCAAUGCUUAUAAAUACCUAAAGAGCACGUGUCAAGAGGAUGGGGCCAGGCUUUUUUUGCUGGUGUCCAGCAACAGGACAAGGGACAGCAAGCACACAGUAGAAUAGAGGAAUUUCCAUGUGAAUAUGAGAAAGAACUACUUUGGGGGUGACAGAGCACUGGAACGGGCUUCCCAGAGAGAUUAUAGUCUUCUCUGGAGAUACUCAAAACCUGCCUGGAUGCUUUCCUGUGCAACCUACUGUAGGGAUCCUGCUUUAACAGGGUGAUAACCAGAAGUUCCUUCCAACCCUUGUGAUCCCACAAGGAAAAACUGAGAGCUGGGACUACUCAUCCUGAAGUAGAGAAGGCUCAAGGGGAAAUCUUACCACUGUACAUGAAUAACUGAAGGGAGACUGCAAAGAGGACAGAGCGAGGCUCUCUUCAGUAGUGCUCAGUGCCAGGAGAAGGAUCAGUGGGCACAAAUCAGAACACAGGAGGUUCCACCAGAACAUGAGGAAAUACUACUUUAGUGCAUGGGUUACAAAAAGCAUUGACACAGGUUGUGCAAGCUCCUUGUCAGAAAUCUUCAGAAUGUACUUAGGCAGUAUAUUGUAGAUUGUCCUGCUUGAGCAGGGGUGGGAGUGGACAAGAUGACCUUCAGAGUUCCCUUCCUUCUUCAACUGUUAUGUGAUUUUCCCUUCUUACAGUUCUCUUGGGUUCAGCAGUGUGAAUAAUGGCACUGCUAUUACCAUUUAACAGCCAGGUUAAUUAUGGUUAUUUUAUUAUUUAUUUCUAGAAAUACCACAUUUUACAUCUGCAGCUGUUAAAAAAUAUUAUAAAUGGUAGGUGGAGAUCCUUCCCCAUGGCUAUUCCUUUGGACAACAGUAUUUAGAAAAGACAAGUAACUGCACCCCUAGCUAUCUUUGCUUUUCUGUCAGUUUUUAUAACAGAUGAGUUAUGCUAUGACUCCUAUUCACAGGGUCAUAGAAUCACAAGGUUGGAAAGGACCUACAAGAUCAUCUAGUCUAA